UGAAGACAGCUGAGCUGUAGGGAAUGGUUCUUUUAAAUAUGUUCUUUGACAGAGUCAUACAUGUGUAUAACGCAUGGCGAUUGCUCUCAGCCUCUCUCGCGUCCCUUCCGUUCCCUGUGCACUUGGCCUUUUCCAGGAGCACAGGGUUUGACCAGUACAGUGGGGGUCCUCGGAUUGGAAACAGCCAUUGGAGCCUGGGGAUGGGCUUAGUCUGUGGAGACAGUGGCUCCUCCUUCCAGAGUCUGUCAGUCAGCAUUAGUUCACCAGUAAGGGGUAGGAUCCACAAGCCCCGCCCACAUCCUUGAUUGACUGUUGGGAGCGUGCCCUGUGCAGACCCAGUGGAAGGGAAUAGUUUUACCUUCAACUUUAAGUUGAGCUGGCAACCCGUUCAUCCAGGGUGCCUUUCUUAAUUUUGCUUUGUUUGGUUUGGUUUGGUUUGGUUUGGUUUGGUUGGGUUUGGUUUGGUUUGAUUUCAACUGAUAGCCAACUAAGAAGUACUCAGCCUUGACCAAAGGUAGAGGAGGGAUUCGAUUGCCAGAGUAAAGUUAGGAAAAGCCAGGUCAUUAUUUCAGUUCGAUGCCAACAUAAUUGAGUAACCUGGUGCCAGGUUCCUGAAAUUGGCCUAAUCAGCAUGUAGACUUUUCUGGUGAGUCUGAGCACCCGAGCUGACGGAAGGACAGCAGAGCCACUCCGGUGGGAGAUCGGGCUUCAUUCAUGUCCCCGAAGGAUCUCGCCGCUGUGAAGCUGGCCCGACUUGGGAAGAUUGAAUUCCUCUCUUAAAUUUCUGGAUGUGUUUUCACUCGUGGAAACGUUUUCUACAGAGCAGUCAAUGGCUUAAUUCGAGCAAGUGUUGGCUGUGACUUGCUUUCGCUGUUCUUCAGGAAGCUCGAGUCUGCCGGAUACAGGGCUUUUUGUGAUGACAAUAUGACCCACAGUAAAGGAAGACCUGCCACUUACAAGACAAGUGCCAGUCCGGAGAGCGGAGGGGGUUUUGUAGAUUGGACUUUAAAUUUAAAUACAAUUCAAUCUGACAAGUUUCUAAACUUACUGUUAAGCAUGGUGCCAGUCAUUUACCAGAAAAACCAGGAAGACAGGCAUAAAAAAGUCAACGGCAUUUGGCAGGACGGGCUGUCUGGUGCGGCACAAACUUUCAGCAAGAGAUCGGAGCCACAUCUGGACUACCAUGAGUUCUCCGAGCAGGCCUUCCACAGCGGCGGUGGCCAUACCCCAGCCAGCUGCAGCCCCAGGUACGACGACUAUGCCGGCUAUAACUACUGUGACGGAAGGGAGGCCUCAGAAACCACCGCCAUGUUACAAGAUGAAGAUCCGUCCAGUCAGGGCGAUGACGUUAUUGUGGAAACAAGCCAGAGGCUCCCGAAGGAAUCCAGUGGAGUCAUGGCUCUGCAGAUACUUGUGCCAUUCUUGCUGGCCGGUUUUGGAACUGUUUCCGCUGGCAUGGUUUUGGACAUAGUGCAGCACUGGGAGGUGUUCAAAAACGUGACAGAAGUCUUCAUUUUGGUGCCCGCGCUUCUUGGUCUGAAAGGGAACUUGGAAAUGACAUUGGCGUCUCGAUUAUCCACUGCAGUGAAUGUCGGGAAGAUGGACUCACCCAUUGAGAAGUGGAAUCUAAUCAUAGGCAACUUGGCUUUGAAGCAGGUGCAGGCCACAGUAGUUGGUUUUCUGGCAGCUGUGGCAGCGAUCAUACUGGGCUGGAUUCCGGAAGGGAAAUAUUACCUCAGCCAUUCCAUACUCCUGUGCUCCAGCAGUGUGGCAACCGCCUUCAUUGCGUCUCUCCUGCAGGGAAUAAUAAUGGUUGGAGUUAUCGUUGGCUCCAAGAAGACAGGCAUAAACCCCGACAACGUGGCCACACCCAUUGCUGCUAGUUUUGGUGAUCUGAUAACUCUGGCCAUAUUAGCUUGGAUAAGUCAGGGUUUGUACUCCUGUCUUGAGACAUAUUAUUACAUUUCUCCAUUAGUGUGUGCCUUUUUCUUGGCUCUGACUCCCAUCUGGAUUAUCAUAGCUGCCAAGCACCCAGCUACCAGGACAGUGCUCCACUCGGGCUGGGAGCCAGUCAUAACAGCCAUGGUUAUAAGCAGCAUCGGGGGCCUUAUUCUGGACACAACCGUAUCUGACCCAAACUUGGUUGGGAUUGUUGUUUACACGCCAGUUAUCAACGGGAUCGGUGGCAAUUUGGUGGCCAUUCAGGCUAGCAGGAUUUCUACCUACCUCCAUUUACACAGCCUCCCCGGAGAACUACCUGAGGAGCCCAAAGGCUGCUCCUACCCAUUUAGGACGUUUUUUGGUUCAGGAGUGAACAAUAAGUCUGCCCAGGUUCUCCUGCUCUUCGUGAUUCCCGGCCACCUGAUCUUCCUCUACACAAUCCAUCUGAUGAAGAGCGGCCACACCUCUCUGACUGUAGUCUUUGUUGUUGUGUACCUGCUUGCUGCUGUGCUCCAGGUGUUCACCCUGCUGUGGAUCGCUGACUGGCAGACAUCACCUCUGGCCCUCUCUUGCAGGUGUUCACCCUGCUGUGGAUCGCUGACUGGAUGGUCCAUCGCUUCUGGAGGAAAGGAAAGGACCCAGAUAGUUUCUCCAUCCCGUACCUGACGGCGCUAGGCGACCUGCUUGGGACCGCUCUGCUGGCCUUAAGCUUCCAUUUUCUCUGGCUUAUCGGAGACCGAGAUGGCGACGUUGGAGACUAACGGACCGACAAGCUGCCGUGGGGUCACCCGGGGGGAGAACACAGGCAGCCAUUGCUGCCCCUCCAAAGCUCUUCAUCUGUCCUGUGACUUACGCCAGGGUAGUCUGCGGUUCACCCUGACUCCAUAAAUGGCCUUAACGUACUUUUUAAGGGAUUUGUGAAUCUGAAACCACAUGAAAGGUAUUUGUGCUGCUUUUUUGUAGAAUAAAUAAUUUGACACAGACAUAGAUACAAGCUCACACUCUAAAGUCAAUUAGGGAAGAAUAUAGGAUGUUUACAAUGAGUUAAUUUUGAAACCACAGACCCGGCAGAAGUAUACUUUAUUAUUAAGUUAUAAUGCACAGUUAGAGGCAAGGUGGCUUUACCCUUCUCUGUCUUACGGCUGUGUCACACUACAAAGAGUGCCAUGACCUGGUACCAUCUGAGCUUCCCUAAGUGUUAAUUAACUAGGCCUUCCUCCUCGGGAGCUAAGGUUCAUUCCCCGAACAUGGCAACCAGCUCGCUUUUACCCGAGUCUCAAACUGCCCCCGCCAACUCUGCGAGUUCUCAACAGCCAACCCUUUGAGUAGAUUCUUUUUCUUUUGUGGAGACAGGGCUUGCUCUCUGUGUUGUCCCCGCAAGCCUUCAGCUUGCCGUCCUCUUGCUUCGGUUCCCUCCACCUGGUGCUAAAAGCACUGAGCAGUCUCACUCAUCCUGUGUUGAAAAUGUUGAUCUAAUUUAGGAAACUGUGAUGAAAGCAGGAGGUCAGUUGAGCUGUGUUUGUGGGCACAGGGUGGUGUGUGUGUGUGUGUGUGUGUGUGUGUGUGUGUGUGUGUGUGUAUGUGUGUGUGUGUGCGCGCGCGUGCGCGUGCGUGUGCGUGUUUGUGCCGUGUGUAUAUGUGUGUGUAUACGUGUGUGCACAUGUCUGCAUGUGUGUGCGUGCAUGUGUAUAUACAUGCAUGUGUGUACAUACGUGUGUGUGUGUGUAUGUGUAUGUGUGUAUGCGUAUGUGUGACAUAUGUGUGAGACAGACCAGAGAGAGGGGGGGGAAGCACUUUUCAAAAAUAAGUACCAUUUAAUAUAAUGCAGCUGUAAAAUCUGGCAAGAGCAGGCGGUCCUGUUGCCCUUUAAGGCGCCCUUCCUGUGGAUGUCCCUCCAAAGGAGAAGUUGGUGACUUACCUCAUUACCUCAGCAUCCAUCUUAUCACUUCAUCUACAGGGACCGCCUCACGUAUGCGGCUGUAUUCCUCAGAUAUCCUGAAACUUUGGCCAAUAUCGUAAGCACCUUAACCCCUGGCUACUCAGUUGUAAGCACUUUUAGAUCACUUAGCACUUAAAAGUGCCGUGCAAUCUUUCAAGGCCGUUAAAUGUCUAAUAAUUUAAACUGCUGAGGGGAUAAGACCCGCAUGGCGUUGGUUGUCAUGGCGAGGUUGUGCGGGUGGCUUUUGAAUAGACUGCAGAAGUAUUAUUAUUAAGUCUUCGUGGAGUCUGUGGUUUAGAGUGGAGUAUUUUUGCUUUUUUUUAAACUUCGUUCAGUUCUCCGGCCUUAUAAUCAAACUUUUAAGGCAUAGAACUGAAUGAACUAUGGAUCUCUCCUUUGGAGAGUUAGUGUCACAGAGGGGACAUUCUGACAAAAUAAGCGUAAAGUUUAAGUUAAUGAGUAAAUAGUUGCAAAGAUUAUUUUAUUUUUGAAAAAGUUAAUGAAUACUCCCUUUCAUUUAUAUAAAAACAUUUGUGAAUUUGGGUUUUGCAUUUGGCUGUAUGCUCUUUUUUUGUUUGUUUGUUUUGAGUCUUGCCCAGGCUGGGUUUAAACUUCGGAUCCACCUGUCUUUGCCUCCUGGGAUUCAUUUUCUUUAACUCACAAAAAAAUAUGCAGAGUAAGCCCCAGUGUUAGCCAGUGUUAGCCAGUGUUAGCCUGUGUUAGCCAGUGUUAGCCUGGCUGACAGUGUUCUGCACAUUCCUAAGCACAGGAAGAUGCGUGCUGACAGCAUCAGCACCUUGUGGGUGGGUUGAAUGGAGACUCCUGUCUGGGUUUUGUCACAGGGGCCAUGGACAUGCAGAGGAGUGACAUUUGUAAGAUUUCACAGCCACACAGUGGGCAGACCCGUCUGGACCAGUACAUCUUGUCAUACAUGUGUGUCCCACCCCCAAAUGUACAGUGUCCACCUAGUUACCUGAGAGAACGCCCCAGUCAAGUGUUACUAGUCUUUUAGAUUUCAGCAGGGAAGCCUCCACCUAAUGUGGACCAACUCUGAACUAUUCCUGUCCCUAAGGUCAGAGAGGCCAUAAAUGAACAUUUACCUUAUAUUUUUAUUUCAUAAUGAAAUCUUUUAGGCCAAACAACAAUGUCUCGCUUCUUAAAGCCACAAAGAGCCAACCCCCCUCCUAGAUCCGCUGUGCCAGGACGGAUAGUGGGAGGCUGAUUCUCAACCUUUACCAGAACAGCAAAAUGUCUAAGACACAUGUAACGGGCAAAAACAGAAUGCUCAGACCAAAUGCGUUGUAAAGUGAUAUGCACUGUUAAUUACAGAUCUUUGAAAGUCUCUGUGCACAUAUGUAAGUUUUAUUCAACCAUAAAAUUUAUUAUCAGUCUUAGGUAAAUGAACAGUAUUUUUAUACCACAUAAACCCUGCUUUCCAAAACUCAUUUCCCUCUAACUUACCAGGCACAUUAUACACACAGCUUAAAAAAGAUCAUAUUUUUUUAUUCUUGACCAUCCACUUAUUUUGAAAUUUCCAAAGUUUCUUAGAAGCGAAUUAAAUAGAAACUCAUGGGGAGUGUCUUAUGGAGACGUCAGAAAAUGUCACACCAGAGAUCAUCCAUGCUGUAGCCAAAUGCAUCUUCUAAGUCUGUCAGUGGUGGGGUGUACCCACCUUCCCUGUGUCUAAAGUAUACUUUGCCCACUGACAGUGGGCUCUGGCACCUUGGGAUUGCUGUGAACCCAAAUCAAAAUAAAAUCUGAGAAGCAA